AUGUUUCAAACCAGUAGCCAGAAACAAAAUGCGGACAUUCGUUCCCCAAUGUUCACAAACCAGACAAACAGUACUGAUCCGGCAAACGCUGUGGGUGCCUUCCUCCUGCCCUACGCACUUUGUGUCAUGAUCAUUGGGUUUCCUCUCUUCUUUCUGGAGGUUUCCCUUUCACAGUUUUCCGGAAGAGGAAAUCCCCGUGUGUGGAGUUACUGCCCCAUGUUCAAAGGCAUCGGAGUCGGAUCCAUUCUGCUGUAUCCAGUCUUCGUGCCCUAUUACAGCAUUCUUCUGGCCUUGUCCUUCUACUACAUGGUGCAGUCCUGCUCCAGCGUCCUGCCAUGGACGACUUGCAGCAACAGUUGGAACAGCGGAAUGUGUAUUGAAGAUGUCACAGACAUCGCUUCCAGUAACCUGACACUUGCAGUUGAUGUAACUAACACAAGCUCCGUAGCGGAAACGUGGCAAAACGUGACACUCUCACACUCAGCUGCUGAGGAGUUCUUGCAGUAA